CCUGUUGGUAAGUAACUUCUAGAGGAGAGAGGAUGUUUUAUGCCGCUUCUUUUCGAGUAUUUCUACGUAUACAUAGAUACAGAUGAUCAGUUCUGCCUUUCCCUCUGCAUAGUAUCGUAAUUGAUAUAGCUUUACCCCGGUCGGCCGCAACUAGAUCUACUUAGUUGUAUGGGUACGCUUACUUGCAACUACAUUUCAAAUUGUUUGCAUAUAUAAAUGAUGAAGAGGCCGGGAUGUACUAGCGUGACCCAGUAGGCGUGAUGAACCGUCUUCCGUGUGCACGAAGAUGACAUCACUCACUAAGCAGGAUGUGAAUCAGUGGUCACAAUGAAUCGUGGUACGUUAUUUGUAACUAUGAGGUACUGCUACGUGGUUCAUCUCAUAGACACAGAUUCUGUCAUCCUAAUGAUAUCUUCAGAUCAUUUUUUGCCCGCAAGUUUUUUCCUUCCCCCAAGCAUACCUGCGUUGAAUAAAUGAAAAAAUGUCUUGAUUUCUUUGUAGUCACCACUUAUUGCUUGAUUUAUAGUCACUACAUUCCUUAAUACUCUAUAAGGUCUACACGCUUAUUGCUAUGCCAUGAUUUGGACACCAUUCUACAAAAGUUGUGUCUUGAUCUAGACGUCUGUAAACAAGAAAUCUCGAAGUCUGUAAACAAGAAUUGUGUCAGAAGUGUGAGUUGUUCAGCAAUUUUCGCCCUAAUCUUGAAAUAUUAGGCGAGUAGCUAACUUAAAUUUAAGCGAGUAUCUAUGUAUCUUAGAAGAUUACACUCUGGGAAGAUAAGGCGGACAUUAUAAGAUGAAUCAAUUACAGACAAAUUUGGAGCAACUGAAUUCGUAUUAUAACUACCGCCAAGACGGUCCCGUGAACGCGACAAGUACUCGAAAAAACACGGCGCCUGGUGCUCUGCUGACAGGCGACCCCCACGGGCCCAAUAGCGCCAUGAACGACCAGGUUGUCCCCAAGAGUCCGGCCAAUCGUGCCCAAAGCGAGGUCACCUUCUCCUCCGUAUCCAGCGAUGAUUCCUUACCAUUGGGUACUUGCGGAUUAUCCUAACUACCUUUAGGUUUAUAGCAUGUACUUUAUUUUUGCACCUAAAAAAAAUCAUGCUUCGAUGAAGUAGGAUAGUAAAUAGACCAUACUAAGCCGGCAUAAGCUUGGGUCUAUCAUCUCACACCCUCGCAGUAUGUCGCGCGUGAUGUCGCCGAGGUAGCAUAUACCUAACCUGCACGUGGAAAGAGAAUGGAUGCCGUGCGGUCCUUGUUGCGUCGGUCUUGUGUUGUUCUUGUUCUGUCUUGGUCGUUCUUCGUUCUUGUGCUUACUUAAGUAGUUAGCUAAGUAGGACGCUGACGCUGCGGAACUGGAUCAGAAGGCUUCGGCUUUCGGUGGGGGUUGGGUCACGUUUCGCAAUGGAUCACAUGAAUAAAAUAAUAAUAAUAGUAGAAUAGUAAAGAUUUCUGAAAAUUCAAGACGAUGACCCUGACGCAGGGGGGCAUAGGGUCUACCGUUUCAGAGGUACAAGGCCUGCCACCAGUAGCAUUCCAAGGUAGAAGUAGAGGCCAUCUUCAUACUUCAUUGUAGCUGGAUUCAGUGGUGCUGCUAACUAUCAUAUCGUUUGGACACUACUACUUGCAGCUGUCAUAGUUGUAGAUCUUUGGCAUCCUUAUCAUUCGCUUAUCAAUUUGAUUGACGUGCGCAGCCUGUCAACGUCAUACCCACCUGGUCCAUGUUAGACGUUAGAAAUUGAAGGAAGUUGAAUGCGACUGAUCCAAGGACGUCAGAGUUUAAAUUGGAUGGGUGGGCGAUAAAAAACCACUUUUUCGAGGAUUGACAACGUCACAACUGAACUCAUAACCAUCGCCGUCGCUUCUUACCUAGGGACUGGGGCGUCAUCGUCUUGAUUAUCACCAUCAUCACCAUUGCGCUGAACCAUUUUCAUAGUUAUCUAUAUUCUCCUAGUUGUCAACAUCCACAUCCAUGCUAGCCUUAGACUGUGAGAAGGAAGGUGAUUCUUGAAUCUGUAAGCUCUCAAAAGUUGAGCGCCUGGAUUUCAAUUUGAUUGUUUGGUGAUAAAAAACCAUUUUUUCGAGGAUCGGGCAUCUCAGCAACUCCAGAGCUAGACUGACUUUGUCUUAAGGGCGCCGCUCUUAGAGCUAGACUUACUUUGUGUGUGUUAUUCCGGCGCUAUGUUACCACCCUUACUUAGUCCACUUAGAUGCUGGAGAAAGAAUAAGUCACCACGUGGCACCCUAUACCUCAUGACUAGGUACAUCAAUCAGUCAAGCAGUCAGUCAAUUAAUCAAUCAGUUAAUGAAUCAAUUACUGACUUGGAAACGUCCUAGGUAAAUCUCAUUAAUCAAUCAAUCGCUUACGACCAGGUUGCGAGCACACUGAGUAUUUCUGGAUCAAGCGUUAUCGAGCAUUGAAGAGGAAAGUGAACAGCAAAAAGGAUGCAAGCAACAUCCAGAGUAUUCAGGAAGACGUAGAGCUGGAACUCGAGGAGUCUGGUGGAAAUAACAUUUAUGGCCAUGGUUUACUAAAGACAACUAGUAGAUCUACGACCUCACGAACUUACUAGUAGAUCUACGUCGACCUCAUUUUCCGAUUCUUAACGAAGGCAACCUAUUUGCAGAUGAGGAUGUUGGUCAUAGGUUGGAUACAAAAGACCUUCGUGCAAGAAUUUUGUUGCGAUGCGUGAACUUGAUUUUCUGGCCGCAAUUGGGCUGGCUCUUAUUGAAUAGUUCUGAUGAGAUCGAUUCUGACUGAUUCUGCUUUCAGGAAUACAGUAAGCAUUUCUGAGAACUUUGAACAAUCGAUGCUAUGCUAACAGAAGGAGGCACAAUAAGUAGAGGGGACUUAGACUACAAUCAACUAGCAAAAAAGUGAAAGUGUCAACAUGGAGACUCAUGUAGCACCAGUAAGAUUUCAUCCCUCUGCAAGUUUUGGGGUAUCUAUAAGGGUCAUCGGUUCUUAGUUGCUACCGUUGCUAUCACUAGAAGUAGAGCUGCUACUAUUAGGUAUUACGAGUGCCAUAGAUUGUCCGCGCAGCUGCAUUGUCUAAGAUACGUCCCCGAGUCGGCUGAAGCGAUUACCGUGCACGCGAUUCUACCUCGAGUCCAGGGCAGACGACUUCAGUAACUUCAUUUACGGAAAUUUUUUUUUCGCUAUUAAGCAAGUUAGUAGUAGCAUAAGGAGACCUAUUGCUCAGUCGAGGGGCUCGACGAAAGAAGUGCGCGGACAACAUACUUAUUACAGAUUGAGCAGAAAGACACGACCUCUGCUGGACCGAGGUACAAUUUCACUCUAACUAGACGCGAGUCAUUUGGAGGAAGUCCAGGGCUUAUCAUCAACGAGCGGAAAACCAGCUAUGCUGAGGACGCAGGAUACCCUGGUUAUAUCAAACGUCAGCAGCAGAUGGUUCGUUGUCGAUGCCGUGCGCCCAAUGCGGCUAUUGGUUUUAUGUUCACAGAAGCAAUCAGAAUGAGAAGAGGCAAGCCUGCUACUUCUCAGCUAUCUAGUACCACUAACUUUCUGCUGUCUGUGGCAGUGGCUCCUAACCAAAGCGCUAAUUGUGCUUUGACCUUGAUAAGAUGAAAAAAGUUUUUUUGAUAAUUAAUAAAGUUCCUUCGAUCGCUUGGUAAUGUUCCCACCUUAGAAUUUGAGCAAAGCAGUCUUGCGGAUCAUUCAUGCUCUAGAGUAACGACCACCUGCAGCUGUAUUGUCCAGGUCCACGCCUCAGAGUCAGAAGACCUGAAGAAUUUCACGUCUUCACAGAUGGCCUAAAAACCUAACUAAGGAAUUACGCUGGCGGACAAAGGAUCUUAGAGUAGAAUGUUGAAGCUGAAUAGUCAAACGUCUUUGCCUUUGGCGCAAUGAGAAGGUCACUAGAUGAAGAGCUUUGACUUUGAGCACUUAUUCGCGCCGACGAAAUUCAUCGGAGGAUGCGACAAUGUCACGCAGUAGAGUCUGUAUCUUUUUUUCGAAAUAUUGCCUUUCUUCUAAUACUCGGAGCGACAACGGAAGGGCACGAUCGAUUGCAGCCAGCCGACUUGUCAAGAUUGAUUAAGGCUUUUCCCUUAAAUUUAAAAAAUAGCAGGUUAAUUAUUUUCCGUCUAUUCUUAGGUUUAUCCCACCAUGCCAUAAAAAAGCAAAAGCAUCUAGGAGAAGCUAAGAAGGUGUUUUUUUUCUGUCUCAGUUAGAGGGGAAAAGCGCUUGGUUGGCAGAGACAGAGAAACGCCCUCAGCUUAAGAAACAUAUGAAUUUCGUGUCUCAGGGUCCAUUUAGCUUUGAAGAUGCCUGAGAAUGAGAUGAGGCUCAAGAUGUCGCUCAGUCUCAACGUCUAAAUUGAAGGUGAUACCUGUGGACCUGACAGGUCGCGGCGACCGAGUCAAGCUGUUAGUGACGCCAAGCCUGGGCUAUGCUCCCGCGGGGGGCGCUGUUGCACCGGGAACUUCAGCUACACAGUUAUGGCAACUGAUUUCGAUUGAAGUAACAUAAGAGCAGGGAAGUUGCUACUACAGCAGCGCUAUCUUUUUACUCAGGUGCUGCAGCUUUAAUUUGAAAAAGAUUUCAGUGAAGAUUAUGGUCUCAAUAAUUAAAAAUGAUACUACGAAUUACAACAAUGAAGACGUCCACUGUAGUUAUGUGAUUUGAUUAUCUAUUCUAAUAUAUUCCGCUGUACAAGAGUCCGGAGGAGCAGAGCAUCUCCCUUCCUCCUCGUACCGUCUUAGUGGCGAUUUGUUAAGGCGCGCGUACGCAAGGAGCUAGUUGUAGUCAGCAAGGUAGUAGUAAGUUACUAGGCACUGCAAGACUACGAAUGCGUCGCUGAGAUGUGACUCCUAUCACUGUUCGUCCAGCUGUUGAGCGUGCGCAUGGUGGUAAUGAUGCACUUUCCCUAUUCAUUCCCUUAUUUCAUUAUAACUGCUAACAAACUAAUGGUUGUUCCUUUUAGAGUCGUCGAUUAGGUUUUUUUUGAGAUAUUUUUUGCAGAACGGAAGAUCUAGAAACGAAUGUGUUUCUAGACCCAGAGAGCAUUUGAUGUAGAAGUGCCAACUUCAACUCCAUCUACAAGCUUGCGUACUAAAAAAGAUAUUUGUACCUCCCUGAACAGAGAGGCAGUAGUGUGACGUCACCUAAUCAUCACAAAUGAGAAAGCGAAAGUACGUAGGUAGAGUUUCAGUUUCAUCAGACGAAAUGAAGAAUGUCUCUUGUUUUUUUUGUACGCGUGGUGAUAAUAAGCAAAGACAGAGGCCUAUACCUACAUAUCUGAAAGGAUAACUGCGCAGGUGAUUCACUUAUUGGCUUACGUUUAGGCCUGCUCACUCAAUCCACUCUAGGUAGAGGACUUACAGAGAAUAUAAGCAGCGUGCUUUCAUCUCCUCAGCAGGACUUGCUCAUCGUUUCCUGAUAAUUUCUGGCAAAGUCUCUAAGGUCUACGGUUUUCGUGAACGAUGUCAGGGUAGCCGGGAAAUUUGAGCACGAAUUUGGAACUGCGGACCAAAUUUUUGGGAUCGCAAUCUGGCUUGGUAAUCUAUCGGACGUGAAAUUGGUGGAGUACUAGGAAGUAGGGCAAAAGGAUCGAGAAGUGCCAUUGCUUGUUUUUGCAGACCGUGGUUCCUUUUCGUGUGUUUCCUUCUGGGAUUCGGGGGGCCUGCCGGUGGAAGAUAAAUUAUCGUGAGCUCUCAGAAUCGAGGUAUUAGUUAUAGCACCCGACUGUUGACGACUCUCAAACGUUUUUAGCGAUGCAUACGUCUAGCAAACGUUUGCGCUUAUCUAUUCGAGGAACCAGACAAACAGGGACUAUACUAACUACUUCUUAAGCACUACCCUCCGUGCCCCUCCGGUUCCACAGAUGUGUUUAAAGUCAUUUUGGUGGUCAAGAAAAUGAAAAGAAUUAUAUUGAGAAAAUUUAACAUUCAUAUUUACAAGGAAGGCUAAAAAACCAUGUUAGACAAGUCUGUCAGGUAGAGUUCGCAUUUGUUAAAUUGCUGUAAAAAAAGGACUAGAAGAAAACAUCGAAUUGAGCACCAACAAGACAUGAUAGAGCGUAGGUUGUUGUUGUUUUUGUACCUCCCUCACGCCGACGCUGAUUUGCGAAAGCUGCAGCACGUCCGGCUCCAGAUACAGAUAGGCUUUCCUCGAGGACUUCAUAAAAUAGUGAGGCCUGCAGAGAGAAUGGGAAAACAACAGCAGAGCUUUAUAAAAAGUGAGCGAGUCAAUCAUCUCGAUUCCAACAUGUCGCGACUUUUUCUUUCAGCCGAUUCUUUGAGCGUUAACAUUCUUCUCACUUCUUAUAUUUUCAUCUUUGAGCAUAGAUAAUUUUGGAUCGUGCUCUAGGCACUUUUUUAUUUCAUGGUUAACUCUGUCAUUCGUCGUCCGUGGCCUUGGGCUAUAAUGAACUCGAAGAAACAAAAACAUUUGUAUGCGUAUCGCAGGUAUCUUUCUUUCGUAGUUGUUGUAGAGCCCUUCUAAGUGCGGAGUCAUACGCGGAUGAAAAUGAUCAUAGGUUUGUUCGUGUGACUCUUUCAUUCUCGCAGAGUCAGUUGCGAUCCUAAGAACGAUCACAAUUGAGUACUAAGAGCAUUCUUUCAACAUUCACAGACUGGUAAUCGUAGGAGUGGUCCGAGGGCGCCUUCAAUCCGUCCCAUGGCGUCCCAGAGUCUGGCUUGAGUGAUGUUGAGAGCUCGUUCUGAGAGUGGAGGUGUCUUUAGAAUCCUUCUAGAGCGAGUGAUCGGCGUAGAAUCUCUAGUGAAUCGUUCUGAGAGACGUUGCCUCAGGGUGGAGAGUUUCUUUAGGUACAACUUCAACGGUCGUCCUGAGGGUGAAGAGUUUCGCUAACUACAACUCCAGACUUCGUUCUAAAAACAACAUGAUGAUAUAGAUACACGUCCGUCAUGAUCAUUAUAAAACCUACAAUCUAGUCCUUUCAUUCUCAUUGCACAGCGUCGGAGGUCGGUACUACAACUAAGAGCUAUUAAUUUUCUUUGAUGUUCUACACUAGGUGCAGGUGACAAGUACGAGGACUCUUUAAAACCUCGUAUGAGUUCUAAAUGAAGACAGUUGAUUUAGUAUACUUACCCUAGUAAGUGAUGAAGAAGUGAGUGAGAGAGAACAUUGCAAUACCUGCUCAUCCACAUACUCGUCUAGUACUGAGCUUCAUCACGUCCUUUCAUCUCUCUGACAAUCAUCACGUUCAAAACUCUCACUGUAGGUUGCAUGUUUACAUUCUCCGCAACUAUCAAUCUCUCGUUCAAAGAUCAUAUCUGUUCUUGUUUCUUGUUUCCGGCUUCUCACUACGUAUUUGGACCUAAAUAUUACCAAGAAGAAUCAGCUAGAAGUGCAACUCGACAGAACUGGAGCUCCUGAAGAUGAAUCGGCUGAGGCUACAACUUCUAUGCACCUCUAGAAUCAGCUAGAAAAGUGAUUUUUCACUACUACAACAUAUGAUGUCUCAACGCCAUCAUCAUCAUUACACACAAGAAUCCGGAUAAUACUUGCAGCAGAAGUGCCUUUUUUUCAACUACUUAACCAAGUAUGUAUCAUCAAAAGCAAGAAGAAAAGAC